UUCUGCGGAACCAAUAGCCAGUCAAUUUUAAUCGAUCCAUUGGUAAACAUCUUACGUUAAUUCAUUAUAUAAUAAAAUGACCAAAUUACUCGGAGUAAUUGUGUUGUCGUUGGCUGUUUGUACGGCUACAAGUUUAAGUGUUAAACCGCAAGUUGUCGGAGUUAAUGAAGUUGACACGAAAUCGGUAGUCGACGAUUCAAUAAGAAAUUUGUUGGAAAGUCUAAGAUACUCACUCAGAUGUGGCUUCCCCGAUCAAGGUAUUCCACCACUAGCUCCUCUUUACAUCAAAUCGGCUGAAGUAAAUGAAAGGGGACUGUUGUAUAACAUUCAAGGGAAUGUUCGUGAUUUUACAGUAGCAGGUAUCGAUGGGUACACCGUGGAUACUGCCACGUUAAAUGUACUCACACUCCGUGCCUCAAUUGGCAUAACAUUCCCGCGAAUUUCAUUGACUAGUCUCUACAAUCUCGAUGCGUUGCUUUUGCGAUUCAUUCCCAUAUUCGGUCAUGGAAGACUGGCAUUUGAUGUUAACGAUCUUUCGGUUCAAGCCAAUGGACGGAUGGUAUUGAGUCUUCGGACAGGGCGUUUGAAUUUAACUUCGCUGGACGUUGAUGUUAACAUGGGAUCACCUUUUAGUGACAGCACUGGCGUGUACGAUUCACGAAUGUUAAGCACUAUUUUCAAUAUUGGUUUCGAAAGAAUAGUGCAGACCAUCUUCAACGACAAUAAAGAGAAUCUUGAGACUGAGCUCGAAAACCUAUUGAUCCCAUUCGCUAAUCAAUAUUUGAACGAACUAACGCUUGCCGAUUUAGUGAAUGGUGGAAUCGGUGGUGGAACCGGUGGACCACACUUGGAUCCCGAUACUGGUGAUCUUGUAUGUUUUGCUGACAAAGAAGAAGAAAAGGAUCCGUCCACCACCGAGUAUGUACCUCUACCUUCUGCAGAGACAUCCACGAUUGUGAAUCCAAGCGAACCCGCUGCAGAUACGUCCACGAGCGUGAAUCCAAGUGAACCGGAUGAUUUAACAACUGUUCCUGAUUCGACAACUGAAAGGGGAAGCGAAAGUACAACAUUACAAGCUCCAGAUGACGUAUCCAAUUCAAGUCAUUUCUUCUUUGACAAAUUUCAGGUGAUGAUCUUUACGAUCGCUUCGAUCAUCAGCUUGAGAAUUCUGUAAAGAAGUUGUUGCGGAACGCUUUUAAAUUUAUGUGAGACGUGGCACGUAAUGCAGUUUAUGCAUGACAAAGGAAAAGUUUGUGUUUGAAUAGUAGAAUUAAAACAGAUUAAUAAACCGUAAGAUCUUAGAAUUUCGAA